AAUUUCUUUAAUCUGGCAGCACAAAUUGUGAAAUGCAGCCAACUUCAUAGUAGAAAUUGACAUUUUGCGAAUUUCUUGACUUGAAGAAGUGUAAAGAACCUAAAAAUGGCAGACAAAGUUGUUGAGAAGCCCGUUGGCAAUCCCAUGAAGUUCCCCUACACUUUUUCGGCAAAAAUCGCUCAAUUUCCAUUGAAACAUUAUAUUAAGAACCAAUGGAUCUGGCGCUACUACUUCGUUGCUUUUGGUUUAUGUAUUCCAGUCUUCUACAAGAUCAGCAAAUUGGCCAACUCUCCUGGAAACAAGAAGGCCUGGGCUGAGAGCCAAGCUAAGGAACAUGCCGAACAUCAUUAAAUUAUGUGUUCAUAGAUUAUGGCAUUCUAGGAGAUUGUUUCAUAUAUCGUCGUGUAUUUAAGUUUAUUUCUGAUAUAAUCUGAUUAAAAAAAUAAAUAUAAAACUUCUUUGAGUCUUAAAA